AUGAAACCAGCAUUGAAAGAACAAAAAAACCCAACAACGCAUGAGAUUUACAGAAAUAGACUAAAGUCUGACAACACUGAAUCAGAAUGCGGUAAGCUCUUCACCUUCCGACUAACCAACUCGCCUGAUAUGCAACCAUGCAAGGCACAGUUAGAGCUGCAGCAUAAGCGUGUUAAUAAGUGA